AUUGGCGCGCGGCCUGCCGUCGCGGUCGGUCGCCCCUCGCCAUGCCAUAGUCAAUCCACGCUUCUCUUUCCUCCUUCUCUCCUAGUAACUAAUACGUAUCAUGCAUUCUCUAUUGUAAAAUUGGUGCUCAAAUAACAUAUAUUUUUAUAUACGGACGUUAUGGAGAGUUGUUGACAGGUUUAAAUUAUAUUUUUGGUAUAGUGAUAAACGCCAAGAUGAAUUUCAUCGGCGCGGUCGGCGGCGACGGAGAUGACAGCGACGACAAGGAGAAGGAGGAGGAGGCGGAACGCGAACGACAGGAGGCCAUCCGCGAGGCGGAGGAGAGACGCAAGGAGAAACACCGCAAGAUGGAGGAGGAGAGAGAGAAGAUGCGUCAGGAAAUAAGGGAUAAGUACAAAAUUCCCAAGAAGGAGGAGGUGGUGGAACAGCAGCAGCAGGAGCCUGACAACCCCCUCAUGAGGAAGAAGAAGACGCCCGAGGAGCUCGCGGCCGAGGCGGAGCUAGAAGACCAGGAUGAAUUUACUAAAUUGAAAAACACCAUCGAAACGCAAGUUAACGAACUAAAAUCGCAGAUCGAGAGUAAGUGCGUGAUGCAGUGAGCGCGCAGCGCUGGCGCCGGCGACAAGAUGGCUGCCGUCGUAAAAUGGCCGCCACCACAAAAUGGCCGCCGCAUGGCGCCACGUUUAUUAUUAUAUUAACCGAAUACAUGAUGUAGCUGUGCUAAGGUCACUGUUACGAUGUUUCACCCAAACACAUCUCCCUCCCGCCCAGGACGAUUUCGUUCGGAUAAUCAUUCGCGCUCAAAUUCGUAGGAGAGAUUCGAAUUCUAAAUUUUUUCGGAACGUAGUUGGCUAGAGGCGCGUUGGUGCUUGAUAAUAAGCAAUAAUAUUUUUAUACAUUCAUAAAAGUUAAUGUGAGCCCUCGAUCAACCGAUAUGUACUUAAAGCGCGUUCCAGCAAGGUCAAAAAGUCAUUGCCGCAGCGGCGCUCGUGCGUAAGCGUGCGUGCCGUGCGUGCGUGACCCGUGCGUGCGUGCGCGUGCACGCACCGCGUCGCGGCGGCUCGUGUGAAAUGUGAAACAUACCAGUUUUAUAUGUUGACGCUUGUGAUAUAUUGUUAUUUAAGUGUAAAGAGGAAAUAAUAUAAAUACAACUAGACGAAACGGUGUAUUAUUAUUAAAGAGGGAAAUAUGUAAUAUAGGAAGACUUAGCACGCGUGUAGUUGUUUCAAUACUCGACUGUGUUUACGAUACUUCUCUCUCUCUCUGCCAACGGCUACAUUGAAAUAACAAUGUAUUAGGUCUUUACGAAUAUUUGUUUCAUCCAAAUUCCCCGGCCUCUGCCGGUCCGCUCCUUCGCGACUUCAACUAUUGCCUCGACUUUCUUGCAUGCGUGCUUUUGCAGUGUUACUCGGUGUUGUGUCUGUGUAUUCAGUUUAGGUGUACCUGUAACCGACCUAGCCUUAUUGUCCACAUCGAACAUAUAAUAGGAACCGCGCGGAUCGCCGCCCUUGUCCAUUUUGUUCUGCAUGCCUUUAAUAUAAGAUCGAUGUUCGUUUAGAGUAAUGUAAAGUUGUAGAUAUCAGAGACCCACACAUCGCGUUUACUUUCACGCACGCGACGGUCGAAUCUAAUGUUUUAUCGAUGUUUUAAUGCUUAGGGAUAUAAUGUUACGUAGUGAGAGCGAAUUCUUCGAGCGAUCUUGCCCUUUGGUGCGACAGUUGAAACACUUGACGGCGAAGUAGGACCGAGAAGGACACAGAGCCGGUUGUUCGGAUAAUUAUCUCCACGUAUAACGCUGCAAAUGCAAAAGAUUUGUUAUCGUCAAAAGCUGUGAUAUAUAAAUAAUAAACAAACGCUAGGCCGGCGCCGAGCGGAACACUUGUCUGGUUAUAGCUUCUUCGACUCUCACGCAUACCGGUCUCUCUUCUAGGACUGUGAUCUCUUCGCAUUCGAUCAGCACAUCAUGUAUUUCCACUAAAACAGCGUUCAUCCGUUCUGUAACAUCACGCUUUAGAUCUAAACUAUCAUUUCUUUCUACUUCCUUUCUGCGUUUCCUUUAAGUACCUAUCUAUACUGUAUUCUGGUCAAUUAUAUCCUACCUUCAAUAUCUAUUGCGAAAUCAGAAAUACUAUUCAAUAUACACACACAUGUAAAUAUUACAAAUACAACAAUAAUUUCUGAUUGUUUAUGAGAAUGCUACUCUAUUUUCUGAUGUAUAAGAAUCAAUAUUUUCUCGCACUCUACUGCACACAUAUGUAUAUUUUCAUAGCUUGUUUCGAUAGGACCUAAUUUCGAGCACGCAUAGCCAUAGCUCUUGCAACAUAAACAUGAAACCACUAUUAUGUCCCGAUAAAUUGAUCUCUCGGACAACUGAUGGGCAUCGCUUCUCUGAGCUCCCGUCCAUUCUUGCAAACAUCACUCUCUUAAAACUAAGGUACCUAUAUCUUUGUAUUUCACGUUGUAUGUGUGACUAGCUUAGGUUUAUCAUCGGACAUCGGAUUUCAGAAAGCAAAAUUAAAUUACAGGUAAAGAGUUUCUAUAUCGAUAAACUUAAAUGUCGAUGCUUUUAUGAACUCCCUGCGUGUCAUUUAAUUUUGCCCUCUAAAAUCCAAUGACUGUUUAUCAUAUUACAACAAAUAGUUCUAUGUAUGUGCAUGGCAAUCAUAGUUAAAGGUUGUUUGUAGUUCGGAAUAAACAAUAAUAGAUAUAAGAUUCAGUCGGACCUGUCGAUUUUGAUAUCAUUUUGACACGACCAAUGUUCCAAAGUUCACCUCUGAGCUCUCCUUGUAUCUUAAUGUUAGUUGCCACUUCUAUAUCAAGAAGCUAUCGAGUAUAUAUACCUAUAUAUAUAAUUCCCUUGUCUGUGCGUCUAUCUUCGAUCUAAUAGUAGGUAGUUUCUAGCCUGUGCUCUUCGUUGUUGAUUCCCGUUUUAAGUAGUAAUAGUGCUAGCAGGAGGAUUAUUUUGGUACGUAGAUACUUGACUAUCGCUGCUGUCACUAAUGUAAAACUAUAAAAGUCAAAUCAAAUUAUUUUCAAUUUUGAUUUGUGCUGUUUUAAUUUAGAAUCAUUCAAGAUUGCAUAUGCUGAGGAAAUUGGGACGGAUGAGCUGAAUUUCCUAGGGGUUAUGAUAAAGAUGUUACUAGUUCGAUACUAGCCUUGCAUAGUCGGACCACGCUAAGUUUGCCUGCCAAAUGCUACGUCAAGUAUGACACUUCUGAGGGAUGUGUGUAAUGUGUAUGCAGUGCAAAGUUAUCAUGGUUGGUGUUUAGGAGGCCUAGGUCACUUUUUCUUUAGUAUAUGCCAUCUAUAUCAGUUUAUAAUUAAAAACUAGGUCUGACGCGAUUUGCAUGAAGAAAAUAGUUAAGUGUGAGCUCUUGACGUGUGAAUCAGUGUCGUUCUCUCUUCAAUUCGUCUUUUAUUUUCUCUUUUUAUUAUAUAACAUUAUUAUAUUGGACAUAUUAAAACCGGUCACUCACGUAAGUUGCUCGACAUAUUUCGCACCGUAACGAGGAGCUUCUUCAACGACCCGACGCACGCGCCGAGCAAUCGAUCGAGGAGAGCUGCAGCCCGCAGUCUGCGUCGGUCCACCAACGCGUGCUGCCGUUAAAAAAGCUCCUUGGAGCGAAACAUUUUGAGCAAUUAAUAAUUAUAACAUACGUGAGCGCAUUUUAAUAUAUCUAAUAUUAACUGUGUCUGACGAAAGUUUUGUUAAAAUAAAUUAUUAUAUUUAACGCUGCGGCUAUCUGUGUGUCUGUAUUAAGCUUUCGAUGUUCAAUGUAUAGUUUAUUGUAAUUAGAUUAUAUGCUUAACUGCGCAUAUUGUAAUGGAAUUUGGGUGAUAUCAAAUGGUUGCAUUACAAGUACAAUACAAGGUACCAACUUAUUGCCUAAGGUUGCAGCGGCGAGGUUAUAUAUAUUUAGACCAGCGGGCGCAAUUAGGUUCCAUUUUUAUCGCCUGUCACUAUGCCCGUCACUUUACAUACUUGUUAGAACGUGACAGGCGUGGUGACAAGCGAUAAAAAUGUGACCGCAGGGCCAACCCGGCCGAACAUACUAUACAGUACAUCACUGCAUCGAACGUUGUCUUUCCCACUGUCUUUCAAAUGGUAGUAAAUAAAUAAACUUACAUACAGAUUGAUUGCACACUCACAGAUAAAACUUAUACCGACUCUUUUCUUUUAUAUUAAAAAAAUAUAGUGCAUUUAUAAAGAGGUUUAUACAAGGUAGAUGUGUAGUUUAGUAAUAAUUGUACGUUAUUUAUAAAAUAAAAAAAAACAAAUUCCUUUUCACGCAUUUAGCUACAUUUAAGGCCCACACGGAUUUUGACCAACUAUAGAUUUUCUCGGCGAUCAGUUGAUGUAAAUAGAUUGAUUGAUCUUAUGACUUUCGUACUCAGGGUAAUAUAUAUUUACUAUGAAUAAUUAUUGUUGUCUAUUUAUAUAUGUUUUUUUAGAUGAUUUAGGUGGGAGUGACUUUUUGGCCUGCACAGGCCUCCUGUCCUUAAAAGUGAUAGUUUUUCUUGAAUUUAUUAAUGUUCCUUGCCCUGUGUAGGGUGAAUCUUUCACUGUUGUUCUUUCCUUAGAGGAGUUAUGAAAUGGUAGACUUAUACAAUUUAAUACAAACCUUGUUAACAAUUUAUUGAUAAAUGAACAUAUAGUUGGAGUAGAUUAGGGUCUGCCACGGGUAUAGACACAUUUCUAACAUUUCACUGUUACUUCGUAUACCCUGCCCAUCGUAUUGAAGCCAAAGACCUUAUUUCAACAUUUAAAAAAAAACUAUUUUAAAUGGCUGGCUACUUUGGACGGAGUAUAUUUUAAUAUUUUAGCGUGUUUCCCUUCGUAGUCUUCUAUCCCAACACACUCUAGUUAAAAUGUUACAAAUGUGUCACCUCUUUGAACACUUAGGAUCCGGUUGUUUAGUCAUUUGAAAAACACGUCUAUAUACCAUAGACCAAAGACUAUUCGAAUGAAGACUCAAUCGGCAGCAUUCUGCGUGUCUGUGAACUGUAAUUUCCCCUCUAGCGUUCGUUUUUACUAACAUAAAAUAAGUGUUCCUUUUAUAAAAUGAUUCAUUACUUUUUUAAACAAUUUAUGGCUUGGAUGCGAGUCCUUUAAGCCAAGUCUUUGUUUUGAAUUAAUUAAUUAAAAGGGACACAUUUAUGUCAAUAAAUGCUAACGCUAAAGGUACGGAAUGCAAUCCUGGACAUCAUAGACAAAUAGUAAUAGAUGAAUUUAGAGACAACGACACAAUCGAACACACACGAGAGCUUCGACACACGCCAAUAUUACUUUAUCAUAGAUAUAUAAUUAUAUUACGUUAUAUGUUCUGACGUUACUCGCAGUAUAGAGAGAAUUUUUAAAAGCAAAGAACUGACUGUAAAAGUGCCACUCACAUUUGCGCUUGUUUCUUUUAUUCUCUAUAUUGUUUUUUUUUUCAGGUUUUAUAAUGAGGCACAGGGAAAUGGGAGGAUGGAUUAAACUGCCACAGCGAAAUCUGGUUAAUAGGCUAUGUAGGGCUAAGAUCGUCGGCUUUUUAUCAUUUGUCACCAUGCCUGUCCCGUUCUAAUAAAUGUAAGUGUGAAAGUGACGCAUGGCAUGACAAAUGAUAAAAAUUUGACCGCUUCUAGGUAUAUAGCUAUUAUAGCUAAAUUUUAUCCGUCUGUUUCCCUAUGCGCUUGUUGUUAAUAGAAUAGUUAUUAUUGGCCAAGAUCACUGAUAGAAGGUUAGUUUUUAAUAUUAGUGACAACUAGUGUUAAAUCGCAAGUUAACCGUAACAAAAAAAAAUGUGUAAAGACAAAAAAAAUCUUUGAUCGACCACUGCGUGUGGUCUGGCAUGUUGUAUUGUUAUUAAAACCAUUAACGGAGGUUAGUAGUUUAUCCACGAUUACAUUUAACUUAGAGUUAUGGAAAAACGAAAAAAGGGGUUAAUAAUAUUGUUGAAAAUGUUUUUAGGUAAUUGAUAAUUGGAUUGAGCUUUUGUGAAACCGCGUUGUUGAGAAUAAUUUAGGUUUCGUUUGCAGUUGGCUGUACAAACUGCCAAUCGAUAAUCGUCUCUAUCGUUAAAGGGAUACGGUUUAGUUUCACGGUUCACGUAGUGUAGGCUUCGCCUUUUUGUGUCCCAUGCUGUUAUGUUUCAGAGGUCCCAUUAUUAGUUAUGUAUAAAGUUUAGAGGUAGGGGUUUUCAGCUGCCGCGGGCGAGUUUGAAAAUGUUCUACCUAACAUGUUGUUAAAUAAUAAAUAACUACAUUGUACCACCA